AACGGUCACGUCUCCCGCGCGUGCAACGUUCAACUUCUUCUUCUUCUUCUUCUUCUUAUUUUUUCGGCGGUUAGUGCACUGCCCGUUGUGCAGUGUGGGGCAGAAAUGGCUUGAGUUUGGAAGAAACAGCAACGCUCUCUGUAAAGGAUAACGACUAACGUAUUGGAGUGUCAAAAUGACCAGACGAAAACCUGGAAAACGAUGGAGAAGGACAGGUAAUGAAGAAGACCCAAGUAAACGACCAAGACGGGCUGCACAAUUGUCAUCCCUCCCUGCAGCCACCAGUGUUCAUGUGGAGACUGAUCAGCAAUAUUUAGGAGGUAGCAGCAGCGGAACACAGCAGGGAGUUGUGCCUCCUGGAGGAACCCAAAACGCUGCACUUCAUGGGGAACACGCCCAACCUCCAGGUGUCCAUGCAGGAUAUACCACACUCACUCUCGGACAUCAAGCCUCUCACCACCUGCCAGCACAAGGUAGCGUGGCACAAGAGAGUAUUUCAACUGUUAACUCUAUCAAAGACAAUGAAGAACCAUCUUCCAGAUCAGCCUUCAGUGAUCCGCCUGAUGACCUAACAACUGAACUACAUGGCAAUGCUGAGUAUGAUCUAUCUCAAUUAUUUGAGGAAGCUCUCCCUGAUAUGGGGGAUUGGACAUAUGAUGAUGGACAUUUGUUCAGUGAGGGAUUUGAAGAGGGUUUGAGUGAGGACUGUGCAGAAGAGUCAAAUUUCAAGGACACAACACACAAACCAUUAUAUGACAAUGCAUCAAUAACUGUUGCAGAGAGCCUUCUGAUCAUCAUGGCUUACGUUAACUGUCAUAAAGUAACUGAUAAGGCACUUAGUGAUUUGCUUAAAAUGUUCAAAUUGCUUUGUCCUGAUAGUCUGAAUACAGACUGCUUAAACAGUGUACAAAAGUUAAAAGAGUUUUUUUUCUCACAUGCUGCAUCAUCUCCUAUUGUAUUGCAUAAAUAUUGCAGUAAUUGUUUUGGGUCAUUAGAAGGUGAAGUACAAUGUCUAUCUUGUGGGACCAGUGUGUCAGAAGAAAGAUCCUCAUCCUUCAUAGAGGUUCCAAUUGAGGCUCAAAUAAGGUCAUUGUUUCUCAAGCCAGGUUUUCAGGAGAAACUUAACUUUAGAUUAAGCAGGAAGAAGACAGAUCUUAACAACAUUGAAGAUAUAUAUGAUGCAGAAAUUUACAAACAGCUUGUAGAUGGGGGUGGUCCUCUUAGUGAUCCUAAAAACAUCUCACUUACUUGGAACACAGAUGGGGUACCUAUUUUCAAAUCGUCCAAGUUUUCAGUGUGGCCUUUUUAUUGUAUCAUCAAUGAACUGAGUUUCAUGGAACGCACAAAAAGAGAGAAUAUGAUAUUUGCUGGACUUUGGUAUGGGGACUCAAAACCAUCCAUGGUUACAUUCCUUAGACCACUAGGUGACACACUCAGUAAACUUGCAGAUGAUGGAAUUCUUGUGCAACCUGCUGAGUUGACAGCUGAACCUUUUGUGUGUAAAGUGCUCACCAUUGCUGGAACAUGCGACUUACCUGCUAAAGCAUUAGUACUUAAUUCAGUGCAAUACAAUGGGAAAUUUGGAUGUCAUAAAUGUGAGCAGCCAGGAAAGACUGUAAAGACAGGGGAAAGGGGACAUGUUCAUGCAUUUCCAUACCAACAUAGAGAUCCAAAAGGCCCACUGCGCACAAAUGAAAAGUUUGCUCUUGAUAUGAAAAUCUCAAAUGAGACCAAAACCACCGUUAAAGGGGUGAAGGGUCCCUGUUGUCUUAGCAAACUUAAAAGUUAUAACCUUAUCAAAGGCACUGCUAUAGAUUACAUGCACUCAGUCCUUCUUGGGGUAAUGCGCCUUUUGAUGGUUCUGUGGUUUUCUCCAGAAUUUUCUCGUCAGCCCUUCAGCAUGGCAAAAAAUGCAAAGGAAAUUGACAAGCGAUUUCAGGAUAUCUCUCCUCCAUCCUCCACUCGAUAUCCUCGAUCAGUGGCAUCUCACAGAAUGUUUUUUAAAGCAUCAGAAUAUCGGGAUAUUUUGAUCUUCUAUGGACCUGUUGUUUUCCGUGGAAUUCUUGCAACACUGUACUACAAGCACUUCCUUCUACUAAGUGAAGCCAUUUUCAUUUUGUUGAUGGAAUCCAUAUCAGUUGAACAGAUUGAUCAUGCAGAGAAACUACUGUGGAACUUUUGUUCCCAAAUGGCUAUUCUAUAUGGUGAGCGGUACGAAACUGCAAAUGUACACCUUCUUGUGCACCUAGCAGACAGUGUGAAGGCCCUUGGUCCAUUAUGGACUCAUUCGUGUUUCCAUUUUGAAGACAAGAAUGGCUAUUUGUUAAGGCUCAUACAUGGCACUCAAAAUAUACCUAUGCAGAUGGUCCAUGCAGUCAAACUUGUGCAGUCUAUUCCUGUUAUUUCACAAACCAUAAAACCAGGAAAUGCCGUAGCUGAAUUUUACACACGGCUGACUAAAGAUGAUAGUUUCUGUCAGGAAAACAAUGAUUUGUCUAGGACCAAACUAUAUGGAGCAUCUAGUGAACUUCAACUGGACAGAGUUCACCUCUCUACAUUGGAAAGACAUGGUGGUCAUUGCAUCUGUUCUAAAACAGUAAGGAUCUUUCACAGGGCACAAGUUAAAAGAAAUUAUCUCACAUCAAAACACUAUGGGAAAGGCAAUAGAAGAAACAAUUGUACAGUUGUUUUUUCUAGUGAUGGACAAAGAAAGUAUGGACAGAUUGAGUUCUUCUUUACCUCAGAACAUUCAAAUGCCAAAUGGGCCCUUGUUAAUGAAUUCAAAGUUGCCGGUUUUACAUUGCUGCAUGAUAGUGUAACAAAUGGUACAUGCAGUCAUGUUGUUCCCCUAUUAGAAACCUCUGUUAAUACAGUAGUUUCCUUGGAUCAUAUACUGGGUAAAGUUGUUUUCUUUGACUUGACAUCUAUGCCUGGCAUUGUUUUUGCAGCUAAUUUCCCAAACACACUUGAAAAGUUUUAACCCAUUAAUAUUGGGUUUAUAUUGGAUGCAACAAAGGGUCAUGGUCAGGGUGUAUGGGGGCAAGAUGAAUUGCUUCUAUUGUAUUAUCAGGGUGCUUGAAUGAAUUGAAUUAAAACAGUAUGUGCUCUAUUACGUGUUACACAAUAUAUUAAUGCCCUAUACAAUAGAGCUUUGCUGUGAAUUCUGUCAAAACAGCACAAUGUCAACAUUUAGAAAGUUCACAAAGGUGUCUUUUGAGCAUAUCAUGGCUUAUGUUUUAAUGGGUUAAGUUUUGGAACUCAAAAUUGUAAUUAAUUAAUUAAUUGUAUGG